AUGGCUCCGUGGCUGCAGCUCUGCUCUGUCUUCUUCACUGUCAACGCCUGCCUCAACGGCUCGCAGCUGGCGGUGGCUGCGGGCGGCUCUGGGCGCGCGAGGGGCGCCGACACCUGCGGCUGGCGGGGAGUGGGACUAGCCAGCAGGAACAGCGGGCUGAACAACAUCUCCUUCAGAUAUGACAACUGUACCACCUACGUGAAUCCGGUGGGGAAGCACAUGAUCGCCGAUGCCCAGAACAUCACCAUCAGCCAGUACGCGUGCCAUGACCAAGUGGCAGUCACCAUUCUUUGGUCCCCAGGGACCGUUGGCAUUGAAUUCCUAAAAGGAUUUCGGGUAAUACUGGAGGAGCUGAAGUCAGAGGGAAGACAGUGCCAACAAUUGAUUUUAAAGGAUCCGAAGCAGCUCAACAGUAGCUUCAAAAGAACUGGAAUGGAAUCUCAACCUUUCCUGAAUAUGAAAUUUGAAAUGGAUUACUUUGUAAAGAUCGUCCCUUUUCCUUCCAUUAAAAACGAAAGCAGUUACCACCCAUUUUUCUUCAGAACCCGGGCCUGUGACCUACUGUUACAGCCAAACAACCUGGCCUGUAAGCCCUUCUGGAAGCCCCGCAGCUUAAACGUCACCCAGCACGGUGUGGACCUGCAGGUGUCUUUCGACCAUGCGCCGCACAGCUUUGGCUUUCGUUUCUUCUAUCUUCACUACAAACUCAAGCAUGAAGGACCCUUCAGGCGCAAGAUCUGUAAGCAGGAGCAGAAUGCAGAGACGACCUGCUGCCUCCUUCAAAAUGUUCCUCCAGGAGAUUAUAUAAUCGAGCUGGUAGAUGACAGUAACACAACGAGAAAGGUGAUGCAUUAUGCCUUAAAGCCAGUGCAUUCCCCGUGGGCCGGGCCCAUCAGAGCUGUGGCCAUCACUGUGCCGCUGGUUGUCACAUCAGCUUUUGCGACACUCUUCACUGUGAUGUGCCGCAAGAAGCAACAAGAAAAUAUAUAUUCACAUUUAGAUGAAGAAAAUUCUGAGUCCUCCACGUAUGCUGCUGUGGUCCCCAGAGAGAGGCUCCGGCCGCGGCCAAAGGUCUUCCUCUGCUAUUCCAGUAAAGAUGGCCAGAAUCACAUGAAUGUUGUCCAGUGUUUUGCCUACUUCCUCCAGGACUUCUGCGGCUGUGAGGUGGCCCUGGACCUGUGGGAAGACCGCAGUGUCUUCAGAGAAGGGCAGAGAGAAUGGGUCAUCCAGAAGAUCCACGAGUCCCAGUUCAUCAUUGUGGUGUGUUCCAAAGGCAUGAAGUAUUUUGUGGACAGGAAGAACUAUAAGCACAAAGGAGGCAGCCGAGGUUCAGGGAAAGGGGAGCUCUUCCUGGUGGCGGUGGCAGCCAUUGCUGAGAAGCUCCGCCAGGCCAAGCAGAGUUCGUCGGCCGCACUCAGCAAGUUCAUCACCGUCUACUUUGAUUAUUCCUGCGAGGGAGACGUCCCCUGCAUUUUGGACCUCAGCACCAAAUAUAAACUGAUGGACAACCUUCCGCAGCUCUGUUCCCACCUGCACUCGGGAGACCACAGUGUCCAGGAGCCUGGACAGCAUGCAGGACCCGGCAGCAGAAGGAACUACUUCCGGAGCAAGUCGGGCCGCUCCCUGUACGUUGCUAUAUGCAACAUGCACCAGUUUAUUGAUGAGGAACCUGAUUGGUUUGAAAAGCAGUUUGUACCCUUCCGUCCUCCUGCACUGCGCUACCGAGAGCCAGUCCUGGAGAAGUUUGACUCAGGCUUGGUUUUAAAUGAUGUCGUUGGCAAACUAGGGCCAGAGAAUGAUUUCUGCCUAAAGGCUGAGGCCACUAUUCUUGGGGCCACUGUGCCUGUGAACUCGUAUCCACAGCUAGAGAGUGCACACAGGGGCCUGGACCAGGAUGCUGAGGUCCAGGCACCCCACGAUGGGGUCUCGGUGCUGCAGCCCCUUCUGCUUGCAGUGAAAGCUACCAGCCCCUCGGACAUGCCGAGGGACUCUGGCAUCUAUGACUCCUCGGUGCCUUCCUCUGAGCUCUCUCUGCCUCUGAUGGAGGGGCUCUCGGCAGACCAAACAGAAACAUCAUCCCUGACGGAGAGCGUGUCCUCCUCCUCAGGCCUGGGUGAAGAGGAUCCUCCUGCCCUUCCCACCAAGCUCCUUGCCUCUGGGCUAUGCACAGCAGAAGUUGGUGGCCACCGCUAUGCUGAUGAACUCCACGUGGUCACCCCUUCGUAACAGGACAGAGGAGCCUAGGCCUCGCCACUUUAGCUGCCGCCUCUGGUUCUCCAGCUCGUCUCUGUGGUUGAGUCUCCUACUUGGAGCUGAGGAUAUUUGGAGUGGAAUUCUGGCCAGGACUUGGUCUCCCACCCCAGCCCUGUACCAGCUAUCUUGGCAAAGUCUCCAGUUUUCUAAGACCACAUGCGGAGCUUUGAUUGGCCUGUCUGAGCUUGCUAGGUUAGGCCAGUCCUUGCAUCCGAGCCUGUUCUGGUCAGGUGUGGCGGCGCACAUCUGUAAUCCCAACACCUGGGAGGUUGAGGCAGGAGGAUCACCUGAAUUUGAGG